GGGACCGAGGUGCCCAAUCUAGGUUAGCAACGGUUGUGGGGAUGUAGGACGGCUAUAUACUCGCGCCUGAAGCUUUAUACAACAGUUUUUCAAAGUGAUUCAUUUGCUUUACUCGUUGGAAUACGAUACUGACUAAAAAAAUGAUCAAGCCGAUCAUCACCCUUCUCCUCAUGGGGAUAGUUAUGGUAGUAGCACAAAGAAGAUUAGCAUUACCAGAUCCAAGAAGCUGCGCCAACAGGGUGCGCCAUGCGACUUACAGGGACGCCAGGGGUGUUACGCAUUCGUAUUUCUUCAGCUGGGAACACUCGCCAACGAGAAAUCUCGAAGUGGACUGGCUAGACUCGAGGAAUAUUUGCAGGAGGCAUUGCAUGGAUGCCGUGUCUUUAGAGACGCCUCAAGAAAACGAAUUCGUUAAACAGAGAUUGGCAAGAGGAAACGUUAGAUAUAUCUGGACAUCCGGUCGUAAAUGCAACUUUGCCGGUUGCGACAGACCCGACCUCCAGCCACCAAACAUUAACGGUUGGUUUUGGUCCGGUUCCGGAGCAAAAAUCGGACCGACCACCCAGAGAAACACGGGGGACUGGAGUCACACCGGAGGAUAUGGACAAGCUCAACCUGAUAAUAGAGAAGCAGCACAGGGCAACGAUGAGUCUUGUCUGGCUAUUUUGAACAACUUCUAUAACGACGGCGUGAAAUGGCACGACGUAGCCUGCCACCAUUUGAAGCCGUUCGUCUGCGAGGACAGCGAAGAACUCCUAAACUUCGUGGCUUCUAGAAACCCCGGCAUUCGUCUCUAGAAACGGUUUUGAUGGGAAGAAGAGACAAGAUGUACCUUACACUUUACCCCCACUCUUUAUAGUUAAAAAGAAAUACAAAUUGGUGGACUUCUUUUUUGAUUUUUCGGACCUGCUGAUAUCGAGUUUCAAUGACUUUUAAGCUGAGUGUAGAUAUACGUAGCGAUUUUUAUAUAUCUUUAUACUAAAUUAUGAUUUGUAAUUUUAGAAUCUAUUUAUAUAAAUACCUGAAUAGUUUAAUUUGCGUUUAUUUUUAACGGUUCAGUCCAUAAAUUAAAACAAACCAUGUACUUAUACUUAAAGUCAAACGCCUAUUGUCACUCGUUGAAGAAAUAGAAAAGUUUAGUUUUCAGUAGUUAUAUUUGCUAUAUCAUACGUAGAGUGUUUUUAUUAAAACUGCCUUUUUCCAAAUAUUGAUGACGGGUUAUGUGGGAUCAGUGUAAAUAAUUUUGAGAUAGCAUGAAGUGUUUUUUUUUUUCGAAUAAAAUAAAGCAACUGUAGGAAUGCGUCAAAUGUAAAUCGUGAAAUAGAAUUAAAAGGUCUCGAGAAACACAG